CGGGUAUUUGCAUAACUAUAGUAUAGGUAUCUACAAAUAGUACCAUAGGGUUAAAUUCCAAAUACUCAUUAUACCUAGGCAAUGUCACCGAUUUAUAAGAAUGAGUAUUUAUCAACCUCGGCUGAGGAUAUUAAAACCCACUCUCGAUUCAAUUGUUAUAAGUACCGUUGUUAUAAAUAAACCAUCAAGACAAUCAUUCUUUGUCACACAAGUUCCACGACGUCACCGAGAGUUAAUAUCUAGAGGUCAUCUAGCAUCUAAAGAUUAUCUAGCAUCUAGAGGUUACCUAACGAUAGCCAACACUAAACACCAUAAUAUAUUAUUCUACUUGAGAAUACAACCAAGACAACCGCAAUUCACCCGCUCUCUCAACAUGUCUUCUAAACUAGUUCCCUCCAAACCAAGCGAAGUAGCCGUCAUCCGGAACAUCACACCUAACAUCGUAACCGUCUCCGUACCGUUUGCGCGAUUCGGCAUCUUCCGCGUCGGCGGCCGCGGCACUAUAAUACGCCUCACCUCCGGCACCCUAGCAGUCUACUCCCCCACAGCCCUGACCCCCGAGGCGCAAGCCAAAGUCGUCGAGCUAGGCGGCCGCGUCGGGUACAUCAUCGCGGGGGACAUAGAGCACCACAUCUUCCUGUCCGAGUGGGCGCGCGCAUACCCCAACGCCAAACUCCUCGGGCCCAAGGGCCUGCAGGAGAAGCGCGAGAAAGUGCAGGACGACCCGCGCAUCGGGCACGAACCGUUUGCUUUCACGUGGGACGCGUCGAACCGGCGCGACGCUGCCGGCGUCAGCGACGAGUUCGCAGCAGACUUCGAGGUCGAGUUUGUAGACGCGCACCCGAACAAGGAGGUCGUGCUGUUCUACAAGCCAGACCGCGCGCUAAUACAAGCGGACCUGCUAUUCAACCUGCCCGCCAUCGAGCAGUACUCGAGGGUUCCCGAGGCGGAGAAGAGCUCUCACGGCUUGCUAAAUCGGACAUUCCAGGCUCUCAACAGCACGGCGGGGGAAGCAAAGGGGCUGAAGCGGUUCCUGUGGUACGCGGUUAGCAGGGCGGAUCGCGCCGGCUUCAACGAGAGCGUGCGGAGGAUCGCCGCGUGGGAUCCCGAGAUCAUUGUGCCGUGCCACGGGGAGACUGUGGAGAAGGAUGGCGGGGAGCUGUUCAGGAAGGUGUUCGACUGGCAUCUGCAAGGUCAUAAGUGAGUGAGACUGCAGCUGAAUGCUGGUGGCUGCUGAUCACAGGAACUGUUGGUGUGAAACAUGGCGGUUGGAGCCGAGUCGCCACUCUGAGGGUAUAGUAUAUUGGCGUAUGGGGAGUAUAUGGGAAGUACAUGGGACGAGAUAUGUAUAUUCAAGAUGAUACCAAUAUGAAUAUUAGUAUUAAUACGGUACCUAUAUCCCCCCCUAAAUCUCGAUCACGACGCGGACAUAUUCGAGCUCCCGAGUGUAUGGACUAUCUUAUGGACUAUUCAAAUCUCCAUCACCAUCCUAGCCGAGACACGAUAUCAUCAUCGUUUACACAAUACUUGCCAUAACGUGCUUACACAAGACCUCUGUCCCACCCACCACCCGUAGCACCAAAUCUCCACCAUCCCAGCGCCACUCCUCACGCGCGCGCACAUAUAUACAUAUACAAUACACAUAUACACAUAUAUGCCUUAACAUAGCACAUACCUUUUACCCUCGAUACACAGCUCACGUCACAACACAUGUGAAUCGCAAAACUCCGACCUGAGCCAGGUAGUCUAAGACAGCGCAGAGAAGAAGAAGAAGAAGAAAAAGAAGAAGCGAUGGUGAAAUCUCAUUAGAACGACCCGAGUCAUUUCCCCCGUCUCUUGUUACC